AUGACGACUACGACGCAGACGAUCGUCGAGCAGGUGAGAAGGACUUUCUGGCGACAUUCCAAGCUUCGCAGGUGGCCUUCGAGAUGCCCAGCGACUCGAAGGUCGUGCUCAAAAUGGUAGACCUCCGGCUAUUCUCGAACGGCGUCUUCAGCAAUGUUUACAGGUGUCGGAACUGGCCGCCGAGCCGUUUUUGUGAAAAUUGAAACAUUUCGAGAUUAAAUUUACCACGUUAAACUAAUAACUAUAGUUAAAGUUCAUCUAAAUAGUAAAAAGUCGAAAAAGGCCGUUGGCUUGGGGGCUAUUGCGGUUUUUUCAAGCUGCCGUGGACAAAAAUUUCAAAGCCUAGCAUUAGAGGUUUGAAGCCGCAACUGUAUAGUUGCUGACCAUCAGCACUGGUCAAUCGGCGUUAGCGAAUCGUUUUUCGUUUAUUAGCUAACGCUGAAAAAUAGCUACCGGAUAGCUACGCGGUAGCAUACACCUUAAUAUCUAACAGCAAUCGCAAGUAUAUUGAAAAGAUUACUAAAAAAGGACCCAGCAACAUGUAAACAUUAACACAAAAGGAUUCCAGAGGUAUUCUCAUGGAGCCUAUCGAGAGAGAAAUCGCGAUCAAGAAAACAUGGCCUGAGAGGGUUUUCAACUUCAAAAUUACAUUUCUUUUUCAAAAUCAACCAUUUUAAGAACGACCGUAACUUCGAGUUUGUUUUUCUGACUGGCCGCGAAAGAGAGAAACACAAAAACGUGAUAAGCAUGUUGUACGCGUUCAGUCACGGAUACGGAAACAAGGUGAGGCAACGUUACUUGUCAUAUGGAUAUGGGUGAAUGGAAGGUAUGCGAGUCGUACGUGUUCGACUUCAUGCCAGACACUCUGGCGUCGAUCCUCAAAUCGAAGCUGAGCGAUGUCGACAUUCGGCUAUACACCUGGCAGAUGUUCCAUGGCCUCAAAUACUUGGAAGAGGUCUGUGAAUCGGAGAGUCUCAAGUCAAGAAGUAGUUAAUUCCAUCUUCUCGGCGAUCCCUGGAUAUAAAACAGCUAUAAAAUUAAUUUUAAUUAUAUAUAAUAAUAAUUAUUAAUAAACAUCCAAUUUCGCUUCUUGCGCGUCGCUUUUCAUGCAUCGCGUGCGCUGCGUACAACACAUUUUAUUUUCCGCCUUUAUGGUCGAUGUGGCGUCGAUUUUGUGUCGCCGUGGCUUUUAAACGGACAAGGCCCAGUUAUAUGAACUUGCGAUUUUAAAUCGCGAUUUUGUGAUGAUAAAAUCAAAAUUUUACAAGCGAGUUACUCGAAGCAACGGCUUUGCUGACGCUAACUAGAAUGAAAAUGAAAAUUAGGCAACUGAAGUAAUUUUGAGUGGUCCUUCACAAAGAGUGAUCCUCAACGAGACCAGAAAUGGUUUUCCUAGGAUAACUUUAAUCCCUCCGAGGACCACUUAGGCACAAGCCUCUGAUGGACUAUUCAAACUCAAGGUGCAAAACGGCUAUUAUUUUUUCAAGCACCUGGUUAUUCACCGGGACCUCAAGCCAGUGAACAUCCUAGUCGAUCAUCAUGGCACUGGAAUCUUGAAAGUCGGCGACUUUGGCUCUUCGAAAAUAUACGCGCGUGGGAAGCUGAGCAACUCUUAUCAGGUACCUCGAGCUAAAGAUAAAAUUUAUCGAGAGAAGUCAGGUAACGCGUUUCUACCGUCCACCAGAACUUUUACUGAAAGCCAUCGACUAUGACACGAAUAUUGGUGAAUGUUUCUCAAUUAUUUGUAGUUUUAACCUUCCUACUGUGCAGAUACGUGGUCAGCAGGAUGUGUUGUGGGAGAAAUGAUUCGGAAAACGGUGGUUUUUCCUGGCAGAGACGGCGCUCAUCAGCUCAAACUCAUAGUCCGGUAGAUAUGGAAUUAUAAUCCGAACACUCUGAAUCAUAGGUGCUACGGACCUCCGAAUGAUGCUGAGAUGAAGGCGAUGAAAACAGUCGACAAAAUCACACCGGAGCUCGCAUCGAUUAGAGUAACUGGACUUGCCAAGGUCUCCAUUUCGUGAGAAAGGGUUAAACUAAAGUUCCAUUUUAGCUUUUGCCGGAUGCGACAAACGAUAUGAUAGUUUUGAUCAACAAGAUCUUGGUGUACCCACCCAAGAGUCGUUUUCGGGGGAAGGAGUUGCUCAGGGACGACUUUUUCAAGCCGCUUUUCAGGUUUCUGGCUCUUUUUUUCUAUUGAUAAAACCCAGUCAGCGCGUUUUUGAAAUUGGGGUGUAGGGUCUGACUUCUUAGCCCUUUAAGCUCAAGUGAUCCCUAUAGUCUGUUCAGAUUUUUAAUGUCAAGUGCAAUGACGUCAUUCAAAAACACUCUGUGGAUGGCUCGCUCUCUGAUUGGUUUAUCGCACCAUUAGGGGCGGAGCUUUAGUGACGACUUGACAUUCAAAAUCUGAACAGACUAUAUAGGGUUCUUCAACAUCUUUCAAAAAAACUUGAAUGUUUAGACUAAAUGUUUAGACUUUUUAGUGUUUCGCAUGGAAAUGAUUCUUCGCAUAGAUUUUAUAACAAUUUCAGCACUUCCCCUAUAGGGGUCACUAACUAAAACCCCUAUAGUAACCACUUUUGCAAGCUCUUGGCAUCUAGAGCGCACCCUCCAAGGGCUCCUAAGGUCGCCCCUAUAAGGACCACUUUGGAGUUCCUAAGGAAGACACGUCAGACGGUUCAAAUUAGUAGCGAAUGAGAUUUAAAGAACCUUGCGAAAUUUGGAAAGAGUUUUUCUUUUUCGAAGGCUGAUCUUUUCAAAAAGUUAAGUAUUUCAGAUCGGGAGCUGUUCGUCACAAUGGUCAGCCUAUUUCGAAAAUAAUCUCCACCGAAGACUACAAAAAAGCCACAGAGUAUUGCUUUGAGUAGAUUUUCUAAACGGUUGAGGUUUGAAGGGAUGACGACGUGGCCAAAUGUCGCCGACUUUCGGCUCUUUCGACGGCGACAAAGACGCGAAUGGACCAGUCGAUCCCUAUCUGCGAGAAGAGCAACUCCUACGAGAAUAUCCAUCGCCGUUCGACCCUUCUUCCGGUACUCGCGGUGCAAAGUAGAAAGUAGAAACAGCCCCUUUAUUGCAGAAAGAACAAUUUUUGGCUCGUGAGCAACGCUCCAAGGAAGAUUCUCGAGAGGAAAAGUCCCGCGAACGAGCGCAUACUUCUGGAACCCUGAACCAUUCGGAGGAGCGCAGUCGACACUUCAAGUCGGCGGAAGAACUCAGUGGCGAGAGGAGGCGUUCCAUCAUGGCCAGCACAAUGAAGGUGGCUUCCAUCGAUUUAUCACUGAACAAUUCAAAAAUUACAGAAACCCCCCAAAGAUUCAACUAAAAGCCGUCAAGUUCGGUCUAUGGUUCACAUUACUUGUUUUUUUUUCUAAAUUUCUUUUCAGGCAAGUCAGCUAGUACGCAUAAACUCCAAAACCAACACAUAAUAAGCAGUAACAACGUUUGAAUGUCGUCUUCUUUUCUAUACUUCCGUUUUCAAUAAAAAAAAUUAUUAUUUCCCAUAUUCGGUUGAUAAUGUUUAAAACUGAAACGAAGUAAUCAGACUUUGUUUGCAUUCAUAUAAAAAGGUCAAAAUUUUGUAUUUUUAUCCCCUAUUUUUUAUAGAUACCUGUUAGCUGACAAACGAUAAUCAAUCAGAAUACGCUUUUAGUAGCUAUCGGGCAUUCUCUUGUAUCCUCCUGCCAAUUGACCUAUAGGUUAUUUUUAUAAUCGGUAAAUAUCUUUGAAUUGCGCUAUUAAUUUUUUUUUAAAUAUUGCAGCGUUACAUUUAUGGACCAUCUAAGUAUCUAAGUAAGUUACAUUUAUAAGAUUCUACAAUUUAGAAAAUUUUGUCAAUAAAAAAAUGAAACAUUUUCGGCAGUAUGAGCUAUUUCGUCGAGGCUGCAUGUACAAAAACGUCAAAUCUUACGACUUUUUCAUGUUAGAGGGGAUGCCGGCAUCCUAGUUUUUAUUUUUGCCUUUUGUGUCGAAAAACCUCUUUCAAAUGCGUAGUUUAAAUUUUCUUAAUACUUUUUAGUUACCUUGCACACUUUUUUUAAACCUGCGCCAAUACCUAAAUAGCUCUGCCGAUUUCGCCGAAAUAGCGCGGAAUAUCUGCUUCUCUUUUUUUUUCUCAAUCCCUAAUCCUGAAUUUUUAGAGGAUUUCCAUGAAUUUUUUUUUGAGAAGAUCUUGAAAAUUAAGAAAUAUGAUCAAAAAAAAAAUCUGGUUCUCUGGCGCGCUUUUAAAUGGGUGGUAUGAAAAAAAGACCAGCGAAAAUUCGAACGGCGACUUUUUCGAUUUUUUCAUAUCGCUAGGGAACUUUCCGACGGCCACCUUUCCGACGAAUCUUUUUUUGACAUUUUUUCUCGAUAAACUCUUCGUUUUGAAACAGCCUAUAUAAAGUAGGUAGUUGGUUCAUGAUUAAAACACAAAGAAAUAGGAAAAAAUGUUUAUAGAUGUUUUAUAAACCGAAAAAUAUAAAGGAAAAAAGUCGGAAAGGGAUUUGGCGGAAAGGUGGCCGUCGGAAAGUUCCCUAGCGAUAUGAAAAAAUCGGAAAAGUCGCCGUUUGAAUUUUCGCUGGUCUUUUUUUCAUACCAACUUUAAAUGACUUCUCGAAAAUGGAAAGACUCUGAAAUUUUAUCAACUUUUCACGCAUCAACCGUCAUUUUCCAUUUGCAAAAAUCACUUUCAACGCGACAUUUAAAAGUCUUUCAAGCGAUUGGUGAAUGCAGAUCAAUUUUUGUAUUAAAUUUUUUUAGGGCGCUGAAGAGAAGCAGGAAACCAAAAGAUCUUCGAUGUUGCAUGAAUUCCGAGACACGAAGCGCCUGGACAUUGCUCCCCAAGCUCAUAACUCAACUUCGUUUCGGUGGAAGCAAGAAUUGAACAGUAAUCAAUAAAAUAUAAAUAAUAAUUGAAACUUUUAACAUUCUAGUUAUUAACUGUGUACCAGUAGAGGCGUUUCGUGCGUUUUCUCAUUUUGAUGUUAAGUUUCAACUGGGAUUGACUGUGGGUUGAAUCUUUUCUUUGAAUUAAUUUGUUGAAAAGUUUGAAGCGAAUAACGGCAUGGAACACAUGGAAGAGGAAUUCAGGUGGUUUGUAGAAGUUUGCAAGGUGCAAUCUUUUUAAAAACUAAAUUUUACUAUCGGUUUCAGGUCGCGGGUUUCUACGUUUUGGUCAAGUGGGUCGGCGAUAAAGAGAAAAAAUGUUUUUGGAUCAGUAUGAUGUCCACAGAAGUGAACUUCAUUGGAAAGUUUGUUGAAACUGUUGUGAAAAAUAAAUAUAAACGUUUUCAUUUAGAUUGGCCAAAAAAAACCCCAAUGGCUACUUGCUGCCGCUUCGUAUGAAGUGGUCGAAAUGCGAUGAUUCAUGGCUUAUGAAUAUUUCUGAAGUAUGGGAGCGAGAGGGAAAACUGGUCACGGAGAAGUUCGAAAACCAAAGAUUGGAAGUUUACAAAAGCAAGUUCAAGGUAUAUAUAGCGGUAAUUAAAUAUUCGGAAAAGAGGCUUAUUUAAGAUCGGAACGCGGCUUGAACUUCUCGAUAACAACCAAGCGACGACUGUGCGACCUGCCACUGUAACGAAGGUGUGUGGUCGACGGAUUUGUGUUAGAGUGAAUCCCUUGGAUGUGAACGACGGUAAGAAGGACGAGCAAGUAAGUUAGCAAAUCUCUGCGUCGAAAAUCGCUUUUAGUGUGGCAGAAACACUGCUUUCUGGGUGGAUCAGGAGAGUCUCUACCUGUUUCCCGUUGGCUGGGCACUCCAGUACGGCUACGGCCUCAAUGCGAAGCCUCAUUACACGGAGCACGUGGAAAGCAUUUUGGAAGCCUUGCAAGAGGUUACGUUUGUUUCCUGAUUAUGAUAGAAUACAAUUCCAAAUAGUUGGUUUUAAAACUCUUUGAUUUUGAGGUUUUUUUUCGAUUUUUUGUUCUACCAUCUUUCAGUUAUGUUCAAUAUAGCCUAAUAUGCGCCAGCUUGUCACGUUUUUCUUUCCGCCGAAAAGAUCCUUUAUCAAAAUAGAUCAAAAUAGAGCAUCUUCGCUUCAAGUCCUUUGUUUUUUGUGGUCUUUUUGCCGUUUUGUAGUGCAAAAGUUUGUUUGUGUUUACGGUAGCUUUUUCUCUUCUUUGCUUUCAAAAAGGGACUAUCUCGCGCAAAACGCAAUAUCUAAUCAAUAGAUGUGCUGGCCCGGACGGAAUCGCUACGAGACCCAUUGUUUUGGUCUUGAUAUCUUGCUGAAAUAUCGCCUGAAUCUAAACCAAAAUCAUGGUUCCUGUAACGAUGAUCUGCGCCGCUUCACUCCCUCAAAUAUCCUACCUAAUGCUUUUGAAUCAACUAAAUGACCUUGGUUGAAGGGCGAAGAACCUCCCUACGAGACCUGGGACGCGACUCCUGAUUUCUUCGAAAGAGAAGAAGUGUUCACGCAAGAAGUGACUACGAAACUCUCCACUAAUUAAUAAUUCUCUAUUUAAGAAGUUUCGAGUCGGUCAUAAGCUUGAACUGCUCGAUGCGCUUUCAGGCAAGAGGAAACAGCUCCGCGUGGCAACUGUGCUCAGAGUUCUCAAGGCUAGUUUUUUUUAUUUCUCAACGUUUUGUUAUGAGGAAGAGUCAAAUUGGGUUCAGUUAGACUGUGGCGUUAUGGAUUUUAAAUAUAUUUUCGUUUUCAACGUGAAUAUGCUCUAUGACUUCAUGCUAAUCAUAGGUAGAAUUGAAAAGUUUCUUUGAGGAUCGUCAAAGGGUCCUGAGGGAGCUUAAAGGCCCUUUAAAGCCCAAAAUUAGUGUGAAAAAGCUUUUGAGAACUUUUUCAUAUUCUAAGUGGAUCUUUUUCGAAAGAAUCUUUUUAGUUUCUUUCCAGCAUAGUUUUUCUUGAAGGCUGUGAAAAGAUACAAAAACUGAUAAAAAAUGAGAUUAAAAAUAAUAUACCGGGGACCCUCACAAGGUCUUUUUUAUUGAGAAAAGCUUUUGAGGAUCAUUCCAGUUUUGCCCGAGAUAGUCAGUUUUCGUUUUGAUGAAUGGAUGUGAUGGGAAACAGAAUUUUUUUCACAAUUUUUCUCAAUUGCACAUGAAUAUUGUUAUCCGCGUAUGCUUCUCAGGCUACUACGUCCUGCCGAACACUACAAAAAAAAGUUUUUUCUCUUUCCUUUUAAUCAAUUUGACUUUUUUUUCAGUAAUAAAAUUUACGUGUGAAAUUUUGAAAAAAAAGCCUUGUUUAUUUUUCUGCAUAAUCUUGUAGAACUCUCAGCUGAAUGGUAUAAUUCUCAACAUUAUGGAGGAGAUGGUUUUUUAGCUAUUUGUUGGGUUAAGGAUGAUUACAUCGUUGUUGGAAUGGACGGUCCAGAUUUGGAAAGCGACGCUAUCCCGUUGCACGUUACUUCUCCGUUUCUUUUUCCAGUCGGGUAUGGAAAAGCUCACGGCGUCGUUGUCGGAUUGACUGAGGGUUCGCAGUUAUUUCUAUUACCGUAGCCCUUGUGUACCUUUUUUCAGAUGAAGACGAUAACAGCUUCGACUGGGAAUAUUAUCUCCAGAAGACUGGAGCUGAGGCGGCUCCUGUAGAACUGUUCCGCCCUGAUCCUGAUCCAGAAGUUUUGAAACUUUUCGAGGUUUUUUUUUUUGGAAUUCUUCUCUGGUAAUCUAUUUCCGUUUGCUUCGAAACCUGUGGCGAGAAUUUUAUUGAAAAUAUUUUUAUUUAAAUCUCUAAGUAAUUUUUCAACAAGUAUUUAAUUACUCGGUGUUAGUUGAUUUUUUCAGAAAAACUUCAAACUGGAAGCGGUGGAUAUGAACGAAAAAAAGUCGAUUUGCCCUGCGUCGGUGGUUGAAGUCAAAGGCCGCCUACUUUAUAUUACCUUCGAUGGCUGGCCCAGCGAAUUCAACUGUUUCUACGACAUCGAGUUAGUUCGGCGCCUAUUUUUCCUAGAGAUGAACAGUGGAGUAUCAAAAUCUCUCAUGCUUAUAAUUGUGACCUAGCCGGGCUAACGGGGUCUCAGCGGGUGUGCCCGUAUUAAACCCGUAUAAGCACAGCUGGUAGAACUUUCGGCAAUUUUACCACAGCUAAGGCACCGCUUCAUCACAGUUGGGUCACAGAUUUUCGAAAUAAUCGCAACUGCGUCACCAUUUUUUUGGCUUACACCCGUUGUAUCCCCUUAAAAACACGGGCUUAACACGGGUGCACCCGCUGACGCACCUGGCCAGCAUGAGAGAUGUGGUCGGCUUGGAAACUUUCAUAUAUUUCAGGUCUCCGGAUAUUUUUCCUGUCGGAUGGUCUGACGCCCAUGGCUAUCCUUUGAAUUUCCCACGAUGA